AAAAAGGCGAGCAACCACCAAGCAAAGGAAGCAGACCAAAAGUGGAAGGCGCCACCAGCAGGAAUCCUGAAAAUAAAUACUGAUGGGGCCUUCAUUGAAGCAACAAAAUCAGGUGGAUGGGGCUUCACACUUAGGAAUGACCAAGGGUGUUGCUGGCAGCAGGAGCAGGUAACCUCGAGUAUGUUUCAGAACCAUUACAUGCUGAACUCUUAGCUUUUCAACAAGCUGUGCAUGCUGCUAUUCAAAUGGGCUGCCAAAAAGUGAUGUUUGAAAUAGACUGCAUGGUGUUGAUGCAAACUUUGCUUAGUGAUGAAUAUGACCUAUCAACUCUGGGCACAUUGUUUAAAGAGGUUAAAUUCCUCCUACAUGUGGGCUUAAGUGAUGUUUCCAUAAUACAUUGUAAACGGGAAUGUAAUGUGGCGGCUCACACUUUAGCAGCACAGGGUGUUUGUAUGGAAGCUGGCUGUUCUGAAAAUUGGCUAGGCCAAUUUCCCAAAUUUGUAUCAGAUGCUGUAGCUGGCGAUAUGUCCAGCGUUUUAAUAUAUUAAUGGAAUGCGUUGUGUUCCUUCAAAAAAGAAAAGAAAAAGGGAUUGCUUACUCUCGGACACGUCUUCACUUAUGCUUAAUCAAGUGAGGGUUCCAUUCAAGUAAUAAAACAACAUUACGGGAGCACCAUCUUCAAAACUUGUCGAGUCGAUCAAUCAGCUGGCACCAAGUAGUACCAACCAAGCCAAUGUGCCAACACUCCAACACACUUCUGCACUUCCUCCGCCACGUCUCCUUCCCGCCGGACGCGCACCUCCUGCCGUCCGCGCUCAAGUCAUGCCCCGCGCAGCCCCUCGCCCGCGCGCUCCACGCGGCCGCCGCGGUCUCCGGCCUUGCGGAGGAUCCCUUCGUCGCCUCCUCGCUCCUCCACACCUACCUCCGCCUCGGAGCCACCAGCGACGCCCGCGGUGUGUUCGAAAGAAUGCCGGACAAGAGUGUCGUCGGCUGGAGCGCACUCAUCGCCGGUUACUCUGCACGAGGCGACGCCGAGGCCGCGUGGGGCCUUCUGGAGCGGAUGCGGAGCGCCGGCAUGGAGCCAAAUGUGAUCACCUGGAAUGGACUGGUUUCCGGGCUGAACCGGAGCGGCAGCGCCCUCAAUGCUGUCAAGGCACUUGUGAGGAUGCACGGGGAAGGGUUCUUGCCGGACGCCACCGGUGUCUCGUGUGCACUCUCUGCGGUCGGGGAUGUGAAAGAGGUCUCGGUUGGCGAGCAGCUGCAUGGAUAUGUGGUGAAGGCAGGGUGCAGGCUAGAUCAACAUGUGGUCACUGCGCUCAUCGACAUGUACGGCAAGUGUGGGCGUGCCGAUGAGAUUUCUCACGUGUUCCAUGAGUCCAGCCACAUGGAUGUUGCUUCCUGCAACGCUCUCGUCGCUGGGCUCUCUCGGAACGCCCAGGUCUCUGAGGCAUUGUUGUUGUUCAGCGAGUUUGUUAGCCGAGGAGUCGAGUUGAAUGUUGUGUCCUGGACCUCGAUUGUUGCCUGCUGUGUGCAGAAUGGGAAAGAUUUGGAAGCGGUGGAUCUUUUCAGGAAGAUGCAGUCAAAAGGGAUCGAGCCGAAUUCAGUCACGAUACCCUGCGUACUGCCAGCAUUUGCCAAUGUUGCUGCUCUUAUGCAUGGCCGGUCAGCACACUGUUUUUCUCUUAGGAAGGGAUUUCUUCAUGACGUUUACGUUGGCAGUGCGUUGGUGGACAUGUAUGCAAAGUGUGGCAAGGUCAGGGAUGCGAGGACGAUCUUCGAUGCAAUUCCGUCUAAAAAUACGGUUUCGUGGAAUGCGAUGAUUGGUGGCUAUGCAAUGCAUGGGGAGGCUGCAAAUGCUGUGCAGUUGUUCUGUUUGAUGCAGAAGUGCAAACAGAAGCCCGACCUAGUCACAUUCACCUGUGUCAUUGGUGCCUGUGGCCAAGCUGGCCUGACAGAGGAGGGGCGUCGCUACUUCAAUGAAAUGCAGCAUAGUCAUGGCAUUUCCCCUAGGAUGGAGCAUUAUGCAUGUAUGGUUACUCUGUUAGGACGGGCUGGCAAGCUUGAUGAGGCAUACGAUCUCAUAAAUGAGAUGCCAUUUGAGCCAGAUGGUUGUAUUUGGGGGUCCUUGCUGGGCUCCUGCAGGGUUUAUGGAAAUGUGUUCCUGGCCGAAGUCGCAGCAGAAAAGCUAUUUGAACUAGAGCCAGAAAAUACCGGCAACUAUGUCCUGCUUUCCAACAUUUAUGCGUCUAAAAAAAUGUGGGACGGGGUAAACAGAGUGAGGGAUCAGAUGAAGAAUAUGGGAUUGAAGAAAGAAAAGGGUUGCAGUUGGAUAGAGAUCAAGAACAAGGUGCACAUGUUGUUAGCUGGUGACAAUUCACACCCCAUGAUGACUGCGAUAACGGAGAAACUAAAGCAGCUUACCAUUGAGAUGAGCAGGCUGGGCUUUGCACCGAGCACAGAUUUUGUCCUACAUGAUGUGGAAGAACAAGAAAAGGAUGAUAUCCUUGCUGUGCACAGUGAAAAACUGGCUGUUGCAUUGGGCCUCAUAAGCACGAGCCCAGGAACACCCCUCCGGGUGAUAAAGAACCUCCGGAUUUGUGGCGAUUGCCACGAAGCAAUGAAGUUCAUAUCAUGUUUUGAGGGGAGGGAGAUAUCUGUUAGAGACACCAACAGGUUUCAUCACUUCAAGGAUGGGAAAUGUUCUUGUGGGGAUUACUGGUGAUUUUGCCUGCCUUGACUUACUGUCUUUUCAACAACUUGGUGUAGAACGUGAAUGAGCAUGCAUGUCCCCCUACCUUACGGUGGAUAUUGUUUUCAUGAGAUUUCAGAAAUACAUUGGAGAGACUCAGUUGGAACUUGGAGUUGAUAUUAAUUUUGUAAAUGGUUGAAAUGAUUAAAUCCAUGGAAGUGAGACACAUCAGCUUUCGGAGGAUGCAUCAAAUAGAAAAAAAGGAAAUUUAAGCUUGACUUUGGCGAAGCAUUCAAUAUUAUCGAGCACGACACGAUCAUCAGAGUCAUGGAGCAUAUGGGCUUUGAUGGGAGGUGGAUUGGAUGGAUUAAAUCCGCCCUCUCCACUGGUACUUCCUCUGUCCUACUUAAUGGUGCCCCGGGGAGGGAAUUUUUCAAGCUAUCAUCAAUAAGGCUUGUCACCAUAACCUGCUUCAGCUCCCCCUUCCAGGAGAAAACAAUAAGCAGCCAUGCCUUACAAGUUACAACACGAGGGUGUUACAGAGUAGGGGAAAAGAAAAACAAGGAAAGAAAGCUUUAGUCUGGUUCUGGUUCUGGUUCUGGGGUAUUUUCAGUGUCCGACAUCAAAUGUAUGGAAAGCGCCAGUUGAGAAAUAUCUUGCUUGAUCAGAUGAAGAACCUCCAGCUCAGGAAGGUGGCGCGUCUGGAAUACCCUGCGAUUCCGUUCCUUCAUAUAUUCCAGCAGGUGUAUAUGGCAGUGGUGAUAAGCUCUGGAUCCAAAGUGCAUGUCAGGUCGUUCCACCAAGCUUCAGAGGAGGUUGCGUUCUCAGCGUUGUGAGUGAGAGCAGGGCAGUUAGUCCAGUUGGCAACCAACAUCCAAAUGGAUCGCGAGAAGGUGCAUCUCAGGAUCAUAUGGAAAAAGGAGUCCCAUCCUCUUGAUUGCAUAGGUGGUAAAAUUCGCUGUGUGGGAUCCCCUUGAUGGCGAGGUUGUCAUUCGUAAGAAUCCUUCCGCACAGUCAGAGCCACAUGAAGAGUCGGCAUUUGCAUUCAACUUUGCAGCGCCAAAGCUUGUCGAAUCGGGAUGUUGAGUAGGAGCCCAGGAACUGAGAGCGGUAGGCAGAGCUAGCUGAAUAAACCUUUGAGGCGGUAAGAUUCCAGCAGAUAGAGUCGUCGAUCUCCGGCUGCAAAUGGAUUUGCUGCAGCUGCAACCAAAGGGCAGUGAAUUGCCUUAGUUGCAAGGGAGACUUGAUGCGCUGGAGGCCUGACAUCCAUCUCUGGGAUUUGAUUGCGUCACCACCGCGACGUUUUUCCUUGAGCACAGAAUGAAGAGGUCCGGUGCCAAAUCCUUAGGGAGCAGCCGUUGAGCCACUGGUCAUUCCAAAAGGAAACCCUUGUGCCAUUGUGAAUGGAGAUGGAAGUGGAGGCGCGGAACAGAGCAAGAUCAUCCUUAUCACAGGGAAUAUGAGAGCCUAGCCAUGGUCUCUGUCCGCCAUCCAUUCGAGCCAUUUCCAUCGAAGCCUGAGCGCCCUGCCAAAACGUUUGAUAUCCAUGAUGCCCAACCUGCCCAUGUCUUUAGGUCGACAGACGGUGUUCCAGUUAACCAGGGCCAAACCGACAGCUGCGACCGGCUUAGACCACCAGAGGAAGUUCGUGCGCAGCUUGUCAAUUUGCUUAAUGACCCAAGAAUCAAGCUUGAAGACCGUGAUCAGGUAAGUUGGGAUAACAGACAACACCGAGUUCACCAACCGCAGUCGUUCAUCACUGUUGAGAAGCUUUCCUUUGCACUUCUGCAGUUUUGCAGCUAUUUUUAUCUAGGACCGGUUGUAUUUCAGCUCACGUGAUCUUCCUGAAGUAAAGUGGUAGUCCAAGGUACUUGCAUGGGAAUUGCAUGACGGGGACAGGAAAGGACCUUAGCAGUUGGGGAGAUCAAUGUUGUCGCAACGAAUUUUGAACAACCCACUCUUGUCCAGGUUGGCAACUAGCCCUGAAAUGGCGCCGAACUGAAGCAACAAUUGCUUGGUAACAAGAACAUCUUCAGGCAUGGGAGUGAUAAACAGCGCUGCAUCAUCCGCGUGAAGGCUCAGGCGCGGAUUCGACGGAGGGAGGUUGAGGGGAGCCAGAACUCCAUCAGCAUGAGCUUUCGCGAACAUCCAGUGCAGGGGGUCAAUGACCGAAGUGAACAACAUGGGAGACACAUACAAGAACUCCAUCAGUAUGCCCAAUACUUUUCUCACAUACAAGCCUCUGCUCGUUUCAACUGGAUUUGGUCCUCUAAAUGUUCUGCCAAGCUAAAGGGUUUUGCAUGGCUCCUUCUCAAUGAAAGAUUAAACAUGAGAGAUGCUACAAAGAAAAAGUUUCGGGUCACAGAUAAUCACAGUAAUGAAGUAACUCUGCUAUAUCUUCGGCUCAGAUGAGAUCCUCGAAUCUAGUGACCGUAUUUUAAGACUGUCCCUUCAGUCAGGAAUGUUGAUACAAAACUGGCAUCUCCCUCAGCCACAGCAGCAUAGUUAACUUUGCUAUAUCUUCGGCUAAAGCUGCUUUUGCCAGACCAUUCUUCAUGGAGAUAUAUCACAGCUGCCUGAUGUAUUUAGAAACAAAUGAACACAAAGAUUUUUGGCAACAUUUGGGUCUAGCAUUUGCUCCAAGUUUCGGUUCUUCAAGAAAGGUUGUCUCCUCACCUUUAGGAUGUCUUCAGAACAGCUCAUCGUUUAUAAUUAAAUUAUCAAUGUUUGAGUACUCAUUACAGUAAGUUCUUAAUACUACUAUAGUUUUCCAUUUCCAAUCGAAGUUGAUUGGCUUGUUUGAGCAUCUUAUCAGAAAGUUAUGAUUGAACCAUCCAUUUUUAACAUUUUAUUUUCAGGAAACCAUUUUAUUGACUUUGGCCAUAGAUUUUUUAUGACUUCCACUCCCCAUUGCCUAAAACUUUGUUGUUGGAACGGAGGGAGUAUAUGCCACUUUUACCUUA